AUGCCUGCAAAGAAUAUGCUCGGAAUUAUUGGACUUGAAUAUCAGCUUCCCUCUCUCUACAUCAAUCAGGAAGAGGUUGCCAACAACAUUGAUUUUGAGGUUGAUAAGAUAAAAAUAGGAUUAGGACUAGAGCAGAUGGGAGUCCCAUCUAGAAGAGAAGAUGCCAUUUCGCUUGCACUGAAUGCCGUAAGUAGGCUGAUAAAAAAGUACAAGAUCAAUCCUCUAGACGUUGGGAGGUUGGAGGUUGGCACGGAAAGCAAUCCUGACGGAUCCAAAUCCAUUAAGUCGUAUCUCACGGAUCUGUUUCCAGGAAAUACUUCCAUAUGUGGCUGUGACAGCGUGCAUGCUUGCUACAGCGGAACAAAUGCAUUGCUGAAUGCGGUUGCAUGGAUGGAAUCGCCUUUGUGGGACGGAAGACUGGCGAUUGUUGUUGCCACUGAUGUAGCAAUGUAUAAAGACAAGAACUGCCAGCCAACUGGCGGGGCCGGUGCAGUUGCGAUUCUGCUGGGCCCAAACUGCAUCUACAGAAUUGUUCCAUCGAGCAUCAUCCAUUACUUUACAAACCAGUUUGACUUUAUGAAGCCCAAGGGCCUCCAUCCAUUCCCGAUUGUCAAAGGAAAAGAGUCAAUAGAAAACUACAGGACUGCAUUUGAAGUAUGCUAUGAGGAAUUCAAGAAGAAAGUAGGUGGCAUGGAGACAUUUGAUUAUAUUGCACUCCAUUCUCCAUAUACAAGGCUUCCAGAAAAGAUAUGUGUCGCAAACCACAUAGACAGAAAGAAGUUUUUAAAGUCUUUAGAAGCAUCGAGGAAAAACGGGAAUGCAUACUCAGCCUCUUUAUAUCUGUCGCUGAUCUCUCUGCUUGAUGGGCAUGAUGGGGAAAUUGGAGAGAAAAUCCUUCUAUUCUCAUAUGGAUCUGGGACAUCCAGCUCGAUGUUUUGUCUGGAAAGGGUUUCAAAAGGGUGCAUGGUCACCGGAUUUAAAGAAAGGCUGUCUGAAAGAAAAAAGAUAUCGUACCAGGAGUUUAUAAAGCUUGUCGAGGAUCCUGUGCCACAGGACAACUACGAGCCCCAAGAGAAAGUAUAUUCUCCUGGAUACUAUCUAAAGAGGAUAGACUCUUUUGGAAGAUAUUAUGAGUGCUUAACGGAAUAA